GGAUGGGCAGGGCAGAUAGUAGUCCAGCUCCUCCCUGUCAAAUCUAUCCAAGCCUCUACACUCUCACUGUAAAAAAUAUAAAUAAAUAAAGCUUUACCCUAUUCACUACUUCUCCUUCCCCACUCACUCACUUUCUCUCAUUCAUCAGAUCAAACAAAUAAUAAUUAUCGCAAAAUUCUCUACUUUUUUUACUUCUAUAAGUUUAACUCGUGUUUUGGAUACUUGAGAAAAAGUAUAGAGAAAGAAAAAAGAAGAGCUCGGGGGGGUUUUGGGUUUUGGUUCUUCAUCUGGGUUUUUUGUAGGGUUUAUGAGAGUGUUAAGUAUAAAGAAGAAGAAAUUUAAACAAGAAAAAAAAAAAGAUAAGAAAGGAGGAAAAAGACGUUGUCUUUCUCAUACACAGAUCCCUAUGGAAAUGCAGGGAUGCUCCCCAGCAUUGUUUGCUAGAGUUCAUUCUUUUUGUUUAGUUUAAAGAGACCAGUUUUGUUCUCUUUUAAAAGAGAGAGAUAGAGACUGACCUGGGAGAGUGCGUAGCCAUGAAAAAUGUUUCCGAGUAGUUUUUUUUUUUUUUUUCUCAUUUCUGAACAAGAAAUACCAAGUUCUGAUUAUAUGAAUAUGGAUAUGGAUAUGGGGGAGGGAGUAUGACGGUUGAUGAUUACUAGUUAAUAGUUUAUGUUUUCUUCAAUGAUUGACUCGCCUUUCAGUAGGAUAAACCAGUAGAAAAGCAAGAGAGAGAGAGAGAAGAUGAAGACGAUGAAUGAUGGCAACAAUGGCAGCAAUAGUAAUCAUAGCAGUUGGUUAGGUUUUUCUCUUUCACCACAUAUGAAAAUGGAGAUACCCUCUGACCCGCAUCAUCAUCAUCAUCAUCAGUUCCAGCAACAAGCUCAACCUUCUGCUACAUCCCCUGCUGUCUCUAAUUCAGUUCCUACCACCUUCUACCUGUCUUCUUCUCAGCUCAACACCUCUGCACUCUGCUACAAUGUCGGUGAAAAUGGCGGCUUUCACUCUCCCCUCUCUGUCAUGCCACUCAAGUCAGAUGGGUCGCUUUGUAUAAUGGAAGCUCUAACCAGAUCACACACAGGAGGAAUGGUGGCGUGUUCGUCGCCGAAGCUGGAGGAUUUUCUUGGCGGUGCAACAAUGGAGACUCACCAGUACGGCGGCAAUGGAAGAGAGACAAUGGCGCUCAGCCUAGACAGCAUGUAUUAUCACCAUCAAAAUCCAGACCAACCUGAAGCCAACAGGCCGCACUCGCUGGAUCUUCUCCAAGACUUCUCUGUACAAACCCACCAUGGUUAUUACCCCGGACUAGGCUGUCACCCCAUGUAUCAGACGCCAUUAGAGGAGGAAAACAAGGAUACCCAGAUUGCAGACUGCGAUUCCCAGAUCCCCCAAAUGGCCGAAGACAGUAUUCCUUGUCUCAAAAACUGGGUCGCCAGACAUUACUCGCCGCAUAAUGCUGCAAUGGAGCCGCAAGUAAACACUAGCAUGGUUGACGAUGGAGGGGCUUCCGGGUCUGUUGGUGCAAUGGGUUGUGGGGAUUUGCAGUCACUGAGCUUGUCAAUGAGCCCUGGUUCGCAAUCUAGCUGUGUGACGGCGCUGAGACAGAUCUCGCCGGCCGGAGGUGGUGAGUCUGUACCGUUGGAGACGAAGAAGAGAUCAAGCAAUGGUAAAGUAGGUCAAAAGCAGCCUGUUCAUAGAAAAUCCAUCGACACAUUUGGCCAGAGAACAUCACAGUAUAGAGGAGUCACAAGACAUCGAUGGACUGGUAGAUAUGAAGCUCAUCUGUGGGACAACAGUUGCAAGAAAGAAGGGCAGACUCGCAAAGGAAGGCAAGUUUAUCUCGGGGGGUAUGAUAUGGAAGAAAAAGCAGCAAGAGCAUAUGAUCUGGCAGCUCUUAAGUACUGGGGACCUUCAACUCAUAUAAAUUUCUCUUUGGAAAAUUACCGGCAAGAGCUUGAAGAUAUGAAGAACAUGAGCCGCCAAGAAUAUGUUGCCCAUCUCAGAAGGAAAAGUAGUGGGUUUUCAAGAGGGGCUUCAAUGUACCGAGGAGUAACAAGACAUCACCAGCAUGGAAGAUGGCAAGCAAGGAUUGGGAGAGUUGCAGGAAACAAAGACCUUUAUCUUGGGACAUUCAGCACUCAAGAAGAAGCAGCUGAGGCCUAUGACAUUGCUGCAAUCAAGUUUCGUGGAGUCAAUGCGGUGACAAACUUCGAUAUAACGAGGUAUGAUGUUGAAAAAAUCAUGGCCAGCAAUACCCUUUUAGCCGGAGAGCUUGCCAGGCGAAACAAGAAGCCUGAGGCCACCAACGAAGCCAUUGAUUAUAGUAACAACCAAUCCGUGACACCCAACAGCGAGGAAGAAGCCAUUCAAGCAGCUGCAGAGGACAAUGGUAAUGGUUCAGAUUGGAAAAUGGCUUUAUAUCAAUCACCACCGCAACAUCAGCAGCAGCCAAAUGCUGUUGAGUCUCUUGACCAUGACCACCAUGCUAAAACAGUUGGAAUUGUGAGUUAUCGCAACCAAACCAAUGCAACAUUCUCAAUGGCUCUGCAGAAUCUGAUUGGGACUGAUUCUGGCACUCCCACCGGGCAAAUGGUAGACGAAUGUGCGAAAAUUGGGAGACAUUUUUCGAACCCUUCAUCACUCGUUACGAGCUUAAAUAACUCGCGAGAAGGAAGUCCAGAAAAAAGUGGCUCGGGAAUGCUAUUUGCCAAGCCCCCCUCAGUCUCUUGGUUUCCAUCAGCAGCGCAGUUGAGGCCUGCGGCAGCUGCAAUUUCCAUGGCUCACUUGCCACUUUUUGCUGCCUGGAAUGACACCUAAUUUGCUGUGUGUGUGCUAUACCCCUUUUUGCAUGGUCAACAACGGGAGAAAUUGGUGUUUUGGUGGGGGGAAAAGAAAAGGGUAUGAUAUAAGUGUGUUGUCUUUUUUCUUAGUGGAGGGAAAAAAAGAACCAUGGUGGACUCUAAUGAAAGAAAAGGGGUAGGUGGGCAGGGGGGACCAAAUUAUGUCUGUAGGCAAGAAAAAAUUUUCUUGGGGAAAAAGGAAAAACUUAAGAGAAGCUUUUUUAAUUAUCUAUCUAUGGGUGUCAUGUUGGGAUGAAGAAUUUUGCAAAAUGGAGGGAAUUGUGUUGUGGGGGGGAACAGUGAAGUAGAAAAGAAGAGUAAUGAUUAAAUUCUCUGUGAAAUGAUGUUUAGCAAAAUUAUAUUUAUAUACUAUAAGGGACCCUUUUAUUAUAA